AUGCACCUGGAUGAGCAAAUUUCAAACUAUAACAUGCCUGAUACAGAAGAUGGCGUUCCCUAUCAAAUUCAAAAUGAGGAAGUUGUGGCAAUGAUUGAGGAAUCACCUUCAGGUGAUGAAUCUGUUCAGGGCAAUGAUUCGUCAAGGAGCGGGGAUGGCUCAACAGUUCUUCAAGUAAAGACUAUACACAUUAGCUCUCCAAUUUUGGCAGCCAAGAGUCCAUUUUUUUAUAAGUGCAACCAGUUGUUGCAAAAGUUACCUAUGACUUGUGAGGCUGCGUUCCUGUAUUUGGGUCUUCCUUCUACUCUUUUAACGGCUCAAGCAGUUCAGCCCCUGACAGAAGUGGCGAAGCAGUUUCUUGCUGGAUGGUUCAAGGAUAUAACUAAGUUUCAAGAACAGGUGAAGAGCUUGCCUUUGGCCGGCAUUGAGGCAGCACUAUCCAGUGAUGAACUUCAGGUAGCUACCGAGGAUGCUGUUUAUGAUUUUGUGCUCAAGUGGGCCCGAACCUAUUACUCGAAACUGCAGGAGCAGCGAGAAAUCCUAGGGACACCACUUGCUCGCCUUAUUCGUUUCUCAUACAUGACCUGGCGAAAGCUGAAAGGCCGUCAAUGCAUUGUAUCGUCGCUUUGUGGAGCGUGCAUACAAGUACCUCCCAAGGUGGUGGAGUUUGGACUGCCUCGUCAGCAAUGUGUUGUGUAUCUGGAUCUGAAGCGGGAACAGUGUGCACAGUUGUUUCCAGCUGGCAGGGUAUACUCACAGGCUUUCAAUCUUGGCGGGCAAGGAUUUUUCCUGUCUGCCCAAUGCAACAUGUACCAACAAAGCUCUUACCGUUGCUUUGGGCUAUUUUUGGGCAUGCAAGAUAAGAAGGGGUCAGCGACUUUUCCAGUAGACUAUGAGUUUGCGGCAAGACUGGAAAUAGGGGACCAAGAAAAGCAGUUCCUGAUUGAUGAAUAUAUAGUUCCUCAUUGCGGAGGAAGCAGAGCAUGGGAUUUGUGGGUUAUUGGAUAUGUUCUUGGAUUUCAUGGCCUAAUUAUGGUGGAUGUUGUUGGAAUGGCCCUUGUUAGACUGUUGACAGUAAGAAAACUCAGGAACUGGAAAGAUAAACCGAUGAAGGAAUGGUUCUUGAGACAAUUUGGAUUAUUAACAGUAAAAUACACACUGCAAAAGUAA